GUGGGUUCGUCCUAGCGACUAAAUCAAGAUGGGUCGUAUUCCUAGAGUCCAGAGUAAAACUUACGCCACCCCAAGACGUCCUUUUGAGAAGGAACGAUUGGAUCAAGAAUUGAAGAUAAUUGGUGAAUAUGGUUUAAGAAACAAGAGAGAAGUAUGGCGUGUAAAAUAUACCCUCGGUAAAAUCCGAAAGGCUGCUCGAGAAUUGUUGACACGAGAAGAAAAAGACCCAAAACGUCUCUUCGAAGGUAAUGCCUUGUUGAGACGGUUAAUCCGAAUUGGUGUCCUUGAUGAAUCCAAGAUGAAACUGGAUUAUGUUCUGGGUUUAAGAUUGGAAGAUUUCUUAGAAAGAAGACUCCAGACCCAAGUAUUUAAACUGGGUUUGGCCAAGAGUAUCCAUCAUGCUCGUGUCCUCAUCAGACAAAGACAUAUUCGAGUACGAAAACAAGUGGUGAAUAUCCCAAGUUAUAUUGUACGAUUAGAUUCACAGAAACACAUUGACUUCUCUCUUCGAUCACCAUAUGGUGGUGGCAGACCAGGUCGUGUAAAGAGACAGAAUAUGAAGAGAGCCGAGGCUGGAGGAGGUGGAGAUGAGGAAGAGGAGGACUAAUUUACACGCCCCCAAAUCUUCAAAAUAAAUAAAUUCUAAAAAUAU